AUGAUUGACGAUGAAAACAGAAGAACUUUGGUAAACCACCUGAAAUCUGGAAAAGUCGAAAAACAAAUAGGACGUCGUACAGUUUUAAACCCAGAGCAAGAAAAUGAUUUGGCGUCGAGAAUCAAAACGCUUGCUUCCAUAGAAUUCCCUUUAACGCCAAAUGUCAUUCGUCGUCAAGCUUAUGUGUUUUGUGAACAACACAAAAUUCCUAAUAAUUUUAAUUCGACAGCAAGGCGAGCGGGUAAAGACUGGUUAAAAUUAUUUUUAAAAAGACAUCCCGAUAUAUCAAAGCGCAAGGUUCAAAUCUUAAACCCAGGAAGGGCGCAGAAGCUGAACAAGCAUAUUGUCAUGCAGCAUUUUGUUGAAUAUAAGAAAAUAUACGAAGCGCUAGAGAUCGGGCAACAUCCGCAACGCUUAUACAACAUAGAUGAAAAAGGCUGCCGUCUCACCAUUCACAACCAGCCAGUGGUAUUGGCACAGAAAGGUGCUAAAAGAGUGCAUAUGGUUGCACCAGAUCACGCAGAGAAUGUCAACGUGGCUGUGUGUGUAAAUGCAUUAGCCGAGCAACACGAUAUUAUAUUAUACUGCUUGCCAUCAAAUACUACGCAUGAGCUCCAGCCUCUAGAUAAAAGCGUAAACAAAUCGUUUGAACACCACUGGGACGAAGAAGCCUUACUUUAUUUAUACCAAAACUCAGGGAAAAAUCUAACCAAAGCGCAGUUCAACUACAUUUUUAGUAGAGUCUGGUCAAAAUGUAUGACCUUAGAAAAUAUAGUUAGUGGGUUCAGAGCUACAGGGUUGUAUAUAUGUUGUAUAUAUGCAAUACCAGAUGAAGCAUAUGCACAAUGUGCAUUAACUGAAAGACAUAUAGCAGUAGAAAACGUAACGACAGAAAAGGAUCGAUCCUUGCACAAAGCUGGUCCUAGUUCUAUGAAUUUACGAAGCGCAUCACAAAGACCUGCUAGUGAUAGUUCAGAUUCUGAGAAGACAUUUUUUGAAGAGCAAGAAAUUUAUUGGUCUUUACAAAACUCGCCAACUCCUGGUUCCAGUGACCAUAAUCCAUGUUCACCGUCUUUGCUAUAUCAGAAUGACUCAUUGUCGCCUGUUUUAACUAGCACAGAGGUAAAAAGACGUUUAGUUGAAUACAGCUCAUCAGAUUCUGAUCUUGCAAAUUCAAACAUACCAACAGGACUAAGCAAGUCUGACGCAACAAUAAUUUACAGCUCUGAAUCUGAUACUUCUAUUACUGAAGUACUUGUUCCACGGCAAAAACUUAUACCUCAGUAUAUCCGUGAUAUAUACAGUUCUUCUGAUGAUGAAAAUAUGGACCCUAUUUCAAGACAAGAACAUACUCCUAAGAAACAGAGAAUAUGUAACGACAUCUAUAACAUAAGACAAGUAUGUGAUAGCUCUUCAACAUCAAGCGGUUCAGAAGACAUUUUGCCAUUAUCGAGAUUGAAAGCAAAAAAAGUCUUAAAGUCUCCUUUUCAACAGUUACUACCAACACCGAAUUUUGUUGUGGUAAAACAAAAGAAGCCAAGACUUAAGUCAAUCAAUUAUAAAGGCCGGAUAGUGACUAAAGAUUUGUUUGCAGAAAGAGUUAUUACAAAAGAAAAUAAUACAAAACAGCAACAUAAGAAAAAAACAGAGGAUGAACAGCCACAUGCAAAAAGAAAUAAAAAAGAACUACAGUCAAAGAAGAAGAAUGAAAAAUGUAUAAAAAACUCACGUCCAGUCAAUAGAAAUGAAGAAAAGAGGCAAAAUAAAGAACAUGAGUUAGGAAACAAGACGAUAAAGAAAAAAAUUAAUGAUUUCAGCCAAAUAGAUACUACUGAUAAAUGGUACUGUCACGCUUGUAACACAGAAAAACUCGAAGACAUGCGACAGUGCCCAGGAUGCCAAAGAUGGUUUCACGAAGAAUGUGUGGGUCUGACAAAAGAGGAUAUUGAUUUUGAAUGUCCUAUGUGCAAUUAG